AUGAAUUUUUUGAACGGUUUAGUUAUAAUAAUUGUACUUACAUUGGGGUUUGAACUGCAAGCCGCUACUUAUCGAUUCGUACCAGAAUAUCCUGAAAUAUUCGUUGAUUGCACCGAUAAACCAGGAACGGUCGGUAUGGAUCAUUUUAUAGAUCCAAGUGAAUGGAGUGUUUAUUACGAUGAUGAAGGAAUACAUUUUGGCGGGACUGGUACUGUUAAUUGGGACGUAAAGAAGACUGAUCGAAUGAUGAUGGAUGCGGAGCUGCAAAAAUUUUUUCGCGGCGGUUGGACACAAACCCCAUUUUCGGUACGCGUACUGGACUUUUGUAAAGAAAUGAAAAAUAAUCGCUCGUACGUCUACGAGGUAAAAUAUCGUCACAAUCCUUUUACAGUUAAAGUCGAUGUAGAGGCGCUUGUUAACAUGGAAGGACGAUACAAGUUUGUGACAUUUUUUCGAGCUUACGACGAAGAAAAUCGCUUAAGACCUGAAGUUGUGUGCGUGGAAGUUCCAGGCGAUAUUAUCAAAGUCUGA